UGGUAAGUAAAAAUAUUGAGAUAAGGGCAGAGUAGUCGAGUACCUCUCGUUGUCUCCUCCGCUCCUUGCCUCGUUGCGCCGCCGCCAAGACGAGUCGCGGCUGAACAGGGGAGGGCCGGGCGGCGAUCUCCAUCGCAGCGGAGGGGAGGGGAUCCUGGUGAAUAGUCUAUCCUUGGAGGUGCAAUAAAAGCAAAACAUGUUUGUGAAUUUGAAGCCAAUUAGUUACUCAUAUUCAUUUUUCUGGCAUCUACAACCAUGACGAUGCUAUCAAUUCUUGUGAGGAAUUUUGCUGGAAACACUAGUUCAAAGUUCAAUAAAGUUGCACUGCUGAAGCUGAGUAGGUGGCUAUCAGGAUCCACUCCCAACACAAAUUCAUUAUCUAGCAAGAAACAUAAUUUUGACAAGUCUGCUCUGUUGUUCCAAGGCUGUGCAGAUGUUAGGUUUCUAAAGAAGAUCCACGCUAAUGUUUUCACACAUGGACUUUGCUGGGAUGUGAUUCUUGGCUCUAAGAUUCUGAGUUGUUAUGCUAAUUUAGGUGCAUUGCAUGAGUCAAGGCUUGUUUUUCAGAAAAUUGUAAACGAUGAUAUUUCCCUGUGGAAUUCAGCCAUGGUUGAUUAUUUUAGAGCAGGUUAUCCGGAGGAGGUUAUAAUUUUGUAUAAGAGAUUGAAAUUGAACCAGAUUGGUUUCAAUGGGAAAACUAUUACUUUUGUUAUGAAAAGCUGCACUGAGCUUAAGAAUCUGUACUUGGGUAAAGGAGUGCAUGCAGAUUCACUUAAGCUUGCUCUGUCUGGGAAUAAAUUCGUCGGCUCCUCCCUCAUUGGCUUAUACUCCAAGUUUAGCAAGACGAAUGAUUCACGUGGAGUGUUUGAAGAGAUCAUCAACAAGGACAUUGUUGCUUACACUUCGAUGAUCACUGGUUAUUCAGAAACUGUGGAUUCAAUUGCAUGGAACGCAUUUGAAAUUGCCACUGAUAUGCUGCAGAACAACUUGGAAGUAAACCGUGUGACUCUGGUAAGCUUACUGCAAAUAGCUGGGAAUCUGGGAGCACUUCAGGAGGGUAAAUCUCUCCAUUGCUACUCCAUAAGGAGAGCAAUUGGUGUCUCAGAUGAUAUUCUAGAGACCAGCAUUGUGAACUUUUAUACUCGAUGUGGAGCUUAUCAGUCAGCGGCUACUGUUCUGCAAAAUUCAAAGGGAACUGUUGCUUCAUGGAAUGCUCUGCUUUCUGGUCUUAAUAGAGCUGGACAGAGUUUCAAUGCAAUCCAGUAUUUGCCUGUGAUGCUGCAUGAGCAUAAAGUAACUCCAGAUUCUGUCACUUUUGCAAACGUGCUUUCAGCCUGUGCUGAGCUAUGCUAUUUUUGCUUUGCUGCUAGUAUUCAUGCCUACUUCAUAAGAAGAUUUAUACCUAUGGAUGUUGUUUUGACCACUGCACUUAUUGAGGUGUACACCAAAUGCACAAGAGUCAUGAGAUCGAAGUAUCUCUUUGAUCAACUUAUUAUUAAAGAUGUUGUAUCCUAUAACGCGAUGAUUUAUGGUUACCUACAAAAUGACAUGGCCAAUGAGGCCACCUCAUUACUCAAUUACAUGAUGGCAGAAGGUGUUGCUCCAGAUUUUGCAACUGUUCUUAGCCUGCUUGCUGCUUUUGCUGACCAAAGAGAUUUAGUUAGAGGGAGAUGGAUCCAUGGUUUUGCAAUUAGGCAUGGGUUUUGUUCAGAUGUGGACGUUGAAAAUCAAAUUCUAUAUAUGUAUUCAGCCUGCGGAAAAAUUGCAGCAGCAAGGGCUAUAUUUGACUCAUUGGAAAAGAAAAACUUGGUUUCAUGGACAGCCAUGAUGAAAGGUUGCUUAUCCAAUGGACAUGCAGAUGAGGUGGUUCAAUUAUUUCAAGUGAUGCAAAAAUAUGGGGAGAAACCUGAUUCUGUUUCUCUUGUAACUGCAGUUCAGGCUGUUUCUGAUCUUGGACAUCUAAAUGGUCUAAAACAAAUUCAUUGUUUUGUUUACCGUUCCUUGUUGGAGAAAGAUAAGAUUACUGCUAAUUCAUUGAUAAGUGCAUAUGCCAAGUGUGGAAAGCUGGAUUUGUCAGCAGGUUUGUUCUUUAGUUUGAAAUAUAGAAACUUGGAUACUUGGAAUGCAAUGAUCAGUGCUUAUGCAAUGCAUGGAUUCCAUAUUAACGUGCUUGAAAUGUUCAAGCAAAUGGAAGAAGAAAACAUUCAGCCUGAUGAGUUAACAUUCUCCACUGUGCUUACUGCUUGCAGCCAUGCUGGUCUUGUCAAGGAUGGUUGGCGUAUUUUCAAUUCCAUGACCUCAGUAUAUUCAGUUCUUCCACAGGAAGAGCAUUACGGUUGCAUGGUUGACUUGUUGGGUCGUGCUGGGCAUCUAGAAGAUGGAUACAAAUUUAUAAAGCUAUCUACCUUAAAAGAUAAAUCCACUAUAUUUUGUGCUCUGCUCUCUGCUUGCAGAACUCAUGGAAAUACACGACUUGCACAUGCUAUUAGCAAAGAGCUCCUUGAGCAUGGACCUCAGAAUCCAGGUAUUUAUGCUCUGAUUUCAGAAGUAUAUGCUCAGGAAGGGCAGUGGAACGAAGUUGCUAAUACAAAGGCCAGAGCUGAUUUAAGUGGGUUAAAGAAACAUCCUGGUUCUAGUUUGAUUGAAUCAAUGGAGCAAGGAAUGCCCUGACGUCGGCAUGUUGCACUUAUGGUGUGGGAAUUUUUCACUAUGGCCUGUUUGAAAUUCUUACUUUACAAAUGGACCCAUGCAAAAACUAUCGCAGGAAUGGACCUUGGGUUAUUAUCGAUUAUGCAGUGCCAGGUCAAACCAGUUGGCAGAAUGACACUUCCUGGAGACUUACAUUACAUUGUAGAGGGGUCAGCUCCAAGCUCGUAGGCGCUGAUCCUGGGGCAACACAAUCAUGGAUUGAGGCUGUAGUGGUCUAUCCCACUCUCUGCCUGCCCUCCUCCCUCAUGCAAAGAACAGAGGUGCAUGACCCUCAAAUCCCUCUCAAAUUAGCCCCAAAUCAAAGGGUUUUCUGUGGACUUCACAUGGAGAUCGUGUUGGAAGCUCUCCGCUCAUCUACCUUCCAAUCAGUAAUAGCGGGCCUGGUAGGCCAAGCCUCCCAAGCGAUUCACUGUUGCUGCCUUUGCUCCAUUGCGUCUUCUGCUGCCAACAAGUCGAUUCGUGCGUCAUACUCCCUGACUCCCUGACGACUAGUCACAAGACUUGAUUACAGGGAUGUCUGGCUGGAACUGAGAACUGAUGCUUGCAUCGAAGUGGCAAGAUUGUUGAAGAUUUGUGGGUGCCUUGUCAGUGGCAGUAUCUUUUUAGCUGUUGGCCUGUUGCGAUAUUCAGUUACUCAUUUCUUUCUUCUCAAUAGAUUUCUUGAACUCUGACAGAUAGCUGUUUGAUGUUUCUUCCUCAACGACUUCAGGAUGUAUGUUUGAUUUUUUUAAAAAAAAUUAUUAUUGCUCUUCAAUUACUUUACUCUCAGGUUACUUAGCCGAUAUCAAAUGAGCAAUGGUUCAAGAUGUGGAGAGAAGAUUCCACAUUGGUUGCCUCGCCAUGGUCACUUCUCCACAUGCAGCUAGGAUCGCUUCAAAAAGAACUGUAGCCGGGAACACAUUUGUCAUAAUAUUGAGGAGUUGGUGAUACCAAUGUCAUCGCGUUGGAGAUCAAGAUCGAACUCUUGAAAUUGGGGACUAGCUUACAUGUUUGAUACUGAGACGCUUGAUGACGAUGAGGUGGUCAGCAACCUCAACUGCCGUCCGGAUUCAUGAAGUGACGCUAAAAAGUUUUCACUUGUAAAUCAACACAACUUAUUGUUGGGAAAGGAGACAAAUGGUGAAUGGUGAAAUGAUUCAGAUGGCUGCUAGAUCAGCUAUAUCUAUUGUUGCUCUUACACUAAAUUAUAAAAUGGCAAGGAAAAACCGGAUGCAAAACCACGGAAAGGGUGGCAUAAACCGCCUAAAGGAAUUCUCAAGCUGGUUCUUGCAGGCACUUGCCUCAUGUUGCUGAUGCAACGAUGGCAGAAGCCUACGCCCUCAAGUAAGGACUCGUUCUUGCCCAGCAGAUUGGUUGUCAAAAUAUUAUUACCCAAACAGAUUGCUUGCAAGUGGUGGAAAACUGGAAACGAUGCAAGAUGGAGGCUUUCGGCAACUUUGGUAGUGAUUUUUUACUGAUGCAAUAUUUUGAUUUGUGAUUUUGUAGAAGUUUCUGUUAAGCCCUGUAAUAGGGAAGCCAAUGUUGUGGCACAAGUUCUAGCUAAACAUGCGUCUAAUUUAAAGAGUUCUUGUAAUUGGGUUGAUGGCCACCCAUAUCAAUAAAACACGCCAAAUGGCUUCCAAAAAAAAGAAUCAACAGAAAACUUGUUUGGACAAAA